AUGAUGAAGGCUACUUUUCAAAUAUUUCUGUCCAUUUUCAUAUUCUUUUGUCGUCUUAUAGCAGCUGUCAUUAUGAUUUCCAUAUUGCCAUCUUCGUCACCUUCACAAGUUCAAUGCUGCUUGGAGAUAAUACAGAUAAUCAUCAACUCAAUAUCCAUUCUCCUAUUCAUCUCAUUACUGUUUAAUGAUGAAAAACGUUUUCGAAGUAUCUCAUUAUUCUAUGAGUUAUCAGCUGUUGUUAUGAACGUCUUUCAAAUGACAUAUCUCUGUAUCUUCUGGCUGCCAUGGAAUCUUAUUGAUGUCUAUCAUUUGAACUACUGUUGGGAUGUGGCUGAAGAACGUGAAAAGCUUCAAAGCAUUUUCAUGCCAAUCAUUCUGAACUUCAUCGUUGAUAUGCUAUUCCUUCCCCUAUCCAUCUAUACUAUAUAUAAUUAUGUUAAUUAUAUUAUUAAAUUAUAA